GGGCAAUAUCCUGAACCAAUCAACAGAGAUCGAAUAGCGAUUGCCGACGAGUAUUGGAGUAUUUAGGCACUCCAUGAGCCGAACAUCUGCGGUGGCUCCGGACAAGAUAUGUCUCCGAUGCGCGCUCCUCCUUGGGGCAUCCUGCACCUCCUCCUCCUCUAGUGCCUCCACUAUACCGUCACAGGCUGAAUUCGUGAUGUGCCCCAUGAACGGCUCCCUUUGAUCCUAUAUAAAGCUCGCCCCUUUGUGAUACGUGAUUAAUCCCCUGAGGCAUCAUCACCGACUUCACAUCUCAAACAUCAAGCAAGCUAUCUUAUAUCAUGUCUCGAGAACUCAUCAGCAACGAAGAAUUCCCCACCAAGCCCCACAACUGCCCUGCCGUCAAGGUCCCCGGGCUCGUCUUCUGUGCUGGCCAGACUGCUACUGGAGAGAUCAAGCAAGCGACUCUCAAGGUCCUCACUAACCUGAAAAAGGUCCUCGAGCUCUCCGGCAGCUCUCUGGAUCAGGUCGUCAAGUAUAAUGUCUAUCUCAAAGAUAUGAAGGACUUUGCCGCUAUGAACGAAGUGUACAUUGAUUUCCUCCCCGAAGCCAUGCCUUCAAGGACCUGUAUUCAGGCUGGUGACCUCCCCGGAGAGGGGACUAUCAUCGAGAUCGAGUGUAUCGCCCAGGUGUGAGGGGGAGAAUUGAGAGAAGUCAUAGCUCAACGCCAUUAUCAAUC